UUUCGUAAGUAAGAGGAUCAACUUCCGAUCACCGAUGGGUGGCGAUGCAGCAGAAAAAGUCGAUGACGCAAGCCAAAUUGGAGCGGCGAAUCUGCAGCUGACAAUGACCAUCGAUUAAUGGCCGUGAUUGUGCUCCACAAAUGGCUCAGUCGGAUCGCGGCGACACCAAAAGGUGCUUGCCCCCAACGGUGGCAAGUUGCUGUUGGCUUGUUGCUUGUUACUAGUUGCUAGUUGCUUGUUGCUGGUUGAUAGUUGCCAGCUGCAUGCUGCAUGUUGCUGGUGGCCAGUUUGCAGUGCAAGAUGCAAGGCGGAAUGCCAAGCGCUGGCUAUAAAACGACGCAAGGCUGGCGAACCAAUUUCACUCUCACUUUGUUGGCCAACACGCAAGCUAGCGAUUUGGGCCGCCGCAGUAAAAAUCGCGAGCGUUUUCCGCGCGUUUACUUAACCACAGCAAGAGCAAACGUCUGCAUUGAACAAAUAGCCGUGAAAAGUGUUUAUAAAUUUGUUUGUUUUAGUUUUUUUCUUUUUUGUUUUGGUUUGCCGCUUUUGUUGGCCCGCCACACGAAUCGAAUUUUAAUUGAGUGACAGAAGGAAACCAAAUUAAAACGACAACAAAAAAUAAGUGAACACACAAAAUAAAUUAUAUAUAUUUGCCCAUAUAUAUAUAUGGUAUAUGUUGGUUUGAAUAAAUAAAGCAGCAGCCAUGGGAAUAAUGCCGCUCAUACGGGUACUGGCCACCAUCGCCAUCGCCAUCUGUUGCCUCCUGGCCACUUCCUGUGGCGCCGAGAACAUCGAGGCCAUUUCCACCAAGGCCGCGGACAAGGUCGAGGCCACCACCACCACCAAGCUGACCCCCACCGUCGCGGAGGACUCCAAGAGCAAGACCGAGAAGCGCGACUCAUCGGAUCAGACAGGUGGUCCCUACUUGAGCCUAUCGAGCAAAGAGCCCCCCUUCCGGCCGUAUUACCCACCCGGCAGCCACUUUGAGGCGGAGACGCCCACGCCCAUUUUCGGACCCACCACGCUGCGCUACACGGUGGCGGAGGCGGCACCACCGCCGGCAACACAGCCACAGGCGUUCUACGGACAGAGGGCGCCACCGCAGCACCACCGCUUCAGCUUUGCAGUGCCGCCGCAAGUGGAAUCCUAUCAGCGACAAGUCGCGUAUAAGCCAGCUGCCCCCUCGCCGCAGCCGCAGCUGCAGCCACAUCAGCAUCCGCAUCAGCAUCCGCAUCAGCAGUCGAUUUUCAAUUACGGCGAACUUGAGCCGGAGGCGGGGGCAGCCACACCACUGGCGGCCACCCAGCAGGCGAAGUACCUGCAGCAGCCGCAGCCGCAGCAAAAGUUGCAGCAACGCAUCCAGUACAUAAUUGCCAUACCUCUGUCGUACAUGCGCCAGUUGCAGCAGCAGCAGCAGUUGCAACAGCAGCAGCAGCAGCAACAUCAGUUGAUCCUGGGUCCACCGCCCACCAGUAGUAGUAGCAGCACCAGCACCACCAGCACUGCACCACCCUCAGCACCCUCGUCGCCCUUGGCCAACGGCAGGCAUUCGGUGGUGCAGCUGCUGGGUCCGCUGGCCCGCGACCAUCAGGGCCAGUACAAGCCCUAUUACCAGUCGGAUGCCGCCAGUGCACCACUCGCUGGACCCGGCGCACCACUGAUCCACCAGCCGUACCUACAAAUCCCCACCAGUCUGCUGAUGGCCGCCGCCCAGCAGCUGCAGCAGCACCACCACCAGCAGCAGCAGCAGCAGCAGCAACAACAGCAGCCUGUUUACGCCAAAGUGGCUGCACCACCUGCACCACCCACCUACCAGCCCGCCCAGCUGAUCUACCAGCCGCAGCCACAGGUGCACCACCACCAGCCGCAGUUCCAACUGCAACGAAUCUUCCUGCAACAUCCGCAGUCCCAGCAAUCCACCAUCUACGCCGAGCAGCCAGCUCCACUUUAUGCAUAUCCGCUGCAGCAGCAACACCACCAGCAACACCAGCACUACCACCAGAAGCCGCAGCAGCAACAGCAACAGCCCCUGAAACAGGCGCAUCAGUCGCAGCAGCAACACAAAUACACGCCUGCAGCACCGACAUCUCCGACAGCAUUGACAACAUCAACAACGAGCACCACAGCAGCAGCAGCAGCAGCAGCAACAGCAACAGCAGCAGCAUCAACAGGAACACCACAGGCUGCAGCAGCAGCAGCAACAUCUACACGACAGCAACACUUGCCCCUGGUGCACUACAAUCCCAUUUACGUGCAGGCGCCCGCCGAGCAGCAGCAUCCGCAGCAACAGCAUCAAUUUGCCAUAUUGCCACGUUUUAGCAAUAAUAACCCCAAGGCCGUUUACAGCCUGGCCCACGAAUCAGCGGGUCCAGGCCCAGGAUUGGUGGUGGGAUCGGGAGCAGGAGCAGCUCCCAUUCACGUGGUCAGAUUGUCGGCGGCAAAUGGGCCGCCGAUCCAUCACUACCACCACUACCAGCCGUUGCUGCAGCCGCUCUAUGGCCAUGCCGCGCAGCAGUAUGUGUCGCCGUAUGCGGCCGUCGACGAAGUGCAAAGUCCCAAGUUGCAGCUACCCGUUUCCGUUUCCGGUGCAGGUUCAGGUUCCGGUGGCAGCUCCGGGUCCAGCUCCCUAUUGGCCGGACCCACGCCAUCGCCCCACAUGACCGCGGCCUCGCCGGCCAUUAUUCCGUACUUCAGUCAUCCGGGCGCCGUGCAUUAUGGCACGCAUUUGUACCAACCUGGCGCAGCAACAGCACUGGGUGCAACAGCAUCAGCAUCAGCAGCAUCAGCAUCCGCAGCAGGGCCCAGAUCCACAGCAGGAGCAAAGCAACAGUCGACCGCAACAAGUGGGGGACAGCUGCCAGGUGACGGCAGCAAUAUUGUGAAAUAUCCCUAAGGCGAUCAAAGCAACAAUGACAGCGGCAGCAGCAGCAGGAGCAACAUCACCCAGGGCGAUGAUGGAGCUGAGCUCUAAGCUCGGUUUCAGGACACAGGAGCAGUCAGGAGCAGCCAGGAGCAGCCAGGACCUCCCACUCCGCCGGCGCCUGUGUUCGGAUUUCCCAUUUGCUGCUGCUCCUGUAUUCGGUACGCUAAUUACGUAUUUUACUCGAUUUCGAAGCCCAGCAGCUCCUUGUUGUUAUGCAAAUGCGGUGGUGCCUUUCAACGUUUGCUUUUCCAACUUUUAAUGAGUUCGCCCGUACUCGACGGCGCUCGUUCGGUUUUUGUGUAAAUAUUUAAGAAAUUUUCCAAUAGACUCGCCAAAUAAAUAUUUGCCUAAGCCUACAUAUACGUACGUCUGCACUGUUUUAGCCUAAGAACUCGUUAUGUGUAUUUUAAUAUUAACAAUUAUGCUCACAAAUAUACUCAUCUUAUAAACUGAAA